UGAAAUAUGUCCGUAUGUGCCGGAAAUGAUUCAGGUACUCUGUCCGGGUGUCGGGACUUGUUUGGUUCUGGCUGCUUUCUGAUUUUGCCUUGUUACCGAUAUUUUUAUUGUUGUUUGUAUUGAAGUCCUCAGACAGAAAUUAAAGGAUCCCUCUUGUUUACGACACAAUGAAAUAGCAGUUUUAUUUGUGGUUUAAACACAAAACAAACAAACAAAACACGGAGUGAGCUAAUGUAGCUAACAAUAGCUACCCACGUUACGUUGCACGCGCUAACUUCACGGCUAGCUUGCAGGAUGUCUAAACUUGAAAGAUUGAAUGCUCGUGUGGCAAAAUUGUUGACUGAAGCCGUGGCUGAGGUUCUGGAGGUGGUGAAAGAGACUGUGUCAGAAUACAAAGACAAAACUGCUCGAACACAGAGAGAAAAUGAGAGUCUGAAGAGGAGACUGCAGGAGCUUCAGGAACAGAUAGCAAGAGGCAGCACAGCUGCUUCAACUACAUGUAGUCCAGUAACAGAAGAAAAGGAAAUCACACAGACUCAAGAGGAGGAUGCGGGCCUUUCUUUGAGGCAAAAUGCAGAACCCUGUCUUCAAGAGCAAAAGAAUGAAGUUAGCCACAAGCCUGACUACGAGGUAAAGCAGGAAUCAAAACAACAAGGAAGCUGUGAUGACAUUAAAUUACAGUCUGAAUGCAGCUUGGCACAAGCAUCCGAAGAUUUCCAAGCACCAUCAAAGGAGUUGGCACACAUUGUUAAGGAGGCAACAACUGUUAACACAUCACAAAUUGCAAAUAGGAGUGCCAGCACUGUCUCCUCUAUUACUACAUUUACCCCACUCCCUGAAACAUCACUUGGGGUGAACCUGGCUGUUAUCAAAAGUGAGCCAGAACCAUCAGACAGUACAGCAUCAGAACAGCCACCUGUUCAGGAGCAGUUCAGUGGAUGUGUAGAUUUAAGCUGUAACUCAUCACGUUUCAACCCUGCUGAGCUGCACAGGCCCCAAGUCAGCACUGAAUCCCACAGACUUGUCUUUGCCCACUCGAAUCAUGCCAUACCAAGGAGGCAUGGAUUUGCAAAAACCAACAGGACUGCUUUGGACGGAAGAAAAAUCAGAAUGGAGCACUUGAGGAGAGAGGAACCACACAUGUGUGUUGUGUGUGGAAAGUCGUUUAGCAGGGUUGGGAACUUGAGAAUCCACCAGCGCUGUCACACGGGAGAAAAACCAUAUGGCUGCAUUCAGUGUGGGAGGCGUUUUAGUCAGGCAGGGGACCUUAAAAAACACAAAAGGGUCCACACAGGGGAGAAACCGUACUAUUGCAACCAUUGCGGAAAGAGCUUCAGUCGGGGGGAGAACCUGAAGCGACAUCAGAAGAUUCAUAUUGGUGAGAUUUUACAGUUACAGCAAGUGUGGAGAGAACAGCAGCAAUGAUUAUUAAGCUAGCAUCACUGCAAAUAAGCACACUCACUGUGAACAAUCUGUGAAGAAACAUUUUUGCUCCUUUAUGAUAAACUGUGGGAUUGAAUAAAAGCCUCCUGGUAAGCAUUUGGAAUAGUUACAAGGGGUUACUUAGUUCUGUGCUAUACCGCUAGUUGUGUACUACCUAUGCUGUUUUUUCUGUCCCUAUGAUCAUGUCAAAACAGGGCUAUACAAGGCAAACAUUUAACCAAAGAGGCUAACCCUUUACAGAUACACAAAUAUAAGUGCAACCUGUCCUUUGUGAUGCCAGCCUGGUAUUAUUUUUAAUCAAUGAGAUUUGUUACGCCAUCUAACCUCAAUCCAACCCACUGCUAUAAUGAGCUGCCCUGAAAACCAUCAGGGUUUUUAAUGGAGACUCAGCUAAUUGGUUUAAAGAUUUAUGGGGUUUUUGUUUGU